AACGGUGACAGCUUAUAUACAGGCGCCGUCAUUCAUCCCGUUUUAUUUUACACCGCGACACGAAGAGAACUGAUCCAGACACAGUGUAAAGAAACAGACAGAGAAACCUGUAUUGACGGAUUCUUAUUAAUUCACUUUAAUCCUCUACAACAUUAACGGCAGAAGUCAGAUCAGAUAUAGAUCCCAACAUGAGAGUAUUGGGGCUGUUUCUGCUGGUGGUCGGCUGUGUGUAUGCCGACGAUGACGACAAGAAGGAAAAUGUCGGCACUGUAGUGGGCAUCGACCUUGGCACAACAUACUCCUGUGUUGGCGUGUUCAAGAAUGGCCGCGUGGAGAUCAUCGCCAACGACCAGGGUAACCGCAUCACUCCAUCCUAUGUGGCCUUUACCAGCGGCGGAGAGCGUCUGAUUGGAGACGCCGCCAAGAACCAGCUCACCUCCAACCCUGAAAACACGGUCUUCGAUGCCAAGAGGCUAAUCGGCCGUACAUGGGGCGACUCAACUGUGCAGCAGGACAUCAAAUAUCUGCCUUUCAAGGUUCUUGAGAAGAAGUCUAAGCCCCAUAUUCAGGUGGAGGUUGGAGCUGGUCAGUUAAAGACCUUUGCCCCUGAGGAGAUCUCCGCCAUGGUUCUUACCAAGAUGAAGGAAACUGCAGAGGCUUACCUUGGAAAGACUGUUACACAUGCUGUGGUCACUGUCCCUGCCUACUUCAAUGAUGCUCAGCGCCAGGCCACUAAGGAUGCCGGUACUAUUGCUGGUCUGAAUGUGAUGCGAAUCAUCAAUGAGCCAACUGCUGCUGCUAUCGCCUAUGGUCUGGACAAGAAGGAUGGUGAGAAGAACAUCCUGGUAUUUGACCUCGGUGGUGGUACCUUCGAUGUCUCCCUGCUGACCAUCGAUAACGGUGUCUUCGAGGUGGUGGCCACCAACGGAGACACUCACCUUGGUGGUGAAGACUUUGACCAGCGCGUCAUGGAUCACUUCAUCAAGCUGUACAAGAAGAAGACUGGAAAGGAUGUACGUAAGGACAGCCGCGCUGUACAGAAACUGCGCCGUGAGGUCGAGAAAGCCAAGAGAGCCCUGUCUUCUCAGCACCAGGCCCGCAUUGAGAUCGAGUCCUUCUUCGAGGGUGAAGACUUCUCUGAGACUCUCACCCGUGCCAAGUUUGAAGAGCUGAACAUGGAUCUGUUCCGUUCCACCAUGAAGCCUGUGCAGAAAGUGCUGGAAGAUGCUGACCUGAAGAAGUCUGAAAUCCAUGAGAUUGUCCUUGUGGGUGGCUCCACUCGUAUCCCCAAGAUCCAGCAGCUGGUGAAGGAGUUCUUUAACGGCAAAGAGCCAUCCAGAGGAAUCAACCCUGAUGAGGCUGUAGCUUACGGAGCGGCUGUGCAGGCUGGUGUGCUUUCUGGUCAGGAGGAUACAGGAAACAUUGUUCUUCUGGAUGUGUGCCCUCUGACUCUUGGCAUUGAGACUGUUGGAGGUGUGAUGACCAAACUGAUCCCCAGGAAUACAGUUGUGCCCACCAAGAAGUCUCAGAUCUUCUCAACAGCUUCAGACAACCAGCCAACUGUCACCAUCAAAGUUUAUGAAGGUGAGCGCCCUCUGACGAAAGACAACCACCUUCUGGGCACCUUUGACCUGACAGGCAUCCCUCCAGCACCACGUGGCGUUCCUCAGAUCGAAGUCACAUUUGAAAUAGACGUCAACGGUAUCCUACGAGUCACAGCCGAAGACAAGGGCACGGGCAACAAGAACAAGAUCACCAUCACAAAUGACCAGAACCGGUUGACACCCGAAGACAUCGAGCGCAUGGUAAACGACGCUGAACGCUUUGCUGACGAAGACAAGAAGUUGAAAGAGCGCAUCGAUUCCCGCAAUGAGCUUGAGAGCUACGCCUACUCGCUCAAGAACCAGAUAGGGGACAAGGAGAAGCUGGGAGGCAAGCUGUCUUCUGAAGACAAGGAGACCAUCGAAAAAGCCGUGGAAGAAAAGAUUGAGUGGCUCGAGUCACACCAAGACGCUGACAUCGAAGACUUCCAGGCCAAAAAGAAAGAGCUGGAAGAAAUCGUCCAACCAAUCGUCAGCAAGCUGUACGGUAGUGCAGGCGGUCCACCACCAGAAGAGGGUGGUGAUGAAGAGAAGGAUGAAUUGUAGGUUGUGGUUUGAGUCCAUUUCAAAGCUGUUUGGUUUUUUUUCCCUCCAAUCGGCCCCCCGAUAUGCACUUACCCUCUCUGGGGGGGUGAAGAGGACGGAUGUAUAUAAUUGCUGGAUUUGAUGGACAAUUGUGAGGGAAGGUAUAAAGGGGUGGGGCAACCAUAAACCAUGAUUUUCUGCUGGAAAGGACUUGGAGCAUUUAGAGAGGGUAAGAUGUUGCUCUUCACUGAGGUGGAGAUUUAGUUCGCCUGGAUUGAGGCUUGCUGCUGUUCUCAGGCAGUUGGAGAGGAGUUCUGGGGUGGGAAGGGUUAGACUUCAGUGGGUUUGUUGGGUCCUGGGCAAACAUCAUUUGUUCACAAACUCAAGUUAUUUAUUUAAAUCUGACAAAUGUAAUGUUUCUACUGAAACCUCAUGGGAAUAAACAUUUGAUACAAAACUA